CCGCCCUGGGCACCCUGGACUUCAGCCUGCUGUAUGACCAGGAGAACAACGCGCUGCACUGCACCAUCAGCAAGGCCAAGGGCCUGAAGCCAAUGGACCACAACGGACUGGCUGAUCCCUACGUCAAGCUGCACCUGCUGCCAGGAGCCAGUAAGGCAAAUAAGCUUAGGACAAAAACCCUGCGUAACACUCUGAACCCCACGUGGAACGAGACCCUCACUUACUACGGGAUCACAGAUGAGGACAUGAUCCGCAAGACCCUGCGCAUCUCCGUGUGUGAUGAGGACAAAUUCCGCCACAACGAGUUCAUUGGGGAGACGAGAGUGCCCCUGAAGAAGCUGAAACCCAACCACACCAAGACUUUCAGCAUCUGCCUGGAGAAGCAGCUGCCGGUGGACAAGACGGAGGACAAGUCCCUGGAGGAGCGAGGCCGCAUCCUCAUCUCCCUCAAGUACAGCUCGCAGAAGCAGGGCCUGCUGGUGGGCAUCGUGCGGUGCGCACACCUGGCUGCCAUGGACGCCAACGGCUACUCGGACCCCUACGUGAAAACGUACCUAAAGCCAGAUGUGGACAAGAAAUCCAAACAUAAGACAGCGGUGAAGAAGAAAACCCUGAAUCCAGAGUUCAAUGAGGAGUUCUGCUACGAGAUUAAGCACGGGGACUUGGCCAAGAAGACCCUGGAGGUCACGGUUUGGGAUUACGACAUUGGGAAAUCCAACGACUUCAUUGGCGGCGUGGUUCUGGGCAUCCAUGCCAAGGGCGAGCGCCUGAAGCACUGGUUUGACUGCCUGAAGAACAAGGACAAGCGCAUCGAGCGCUGGCACACGCUCACCAACGAGCUCCCGGGGGCCGUGCUCAGCGACUGACCGCCCGCCUGCCGCCGCCGCCCCUGCCCCCGGCCCGCUCAGGCCCGGCCCUGGGCUCCCUCGGCUGUCACCAAGGGCUGUGGCCCCCAUGUUGGGCGCGAUCCAAGACGCCUGCUCGGACACAGAGCACCCAGGCUACCCGAGGGACAAGGGAGGGCAGAGGGCCAGGCCUACUUCCCGCCUCCCGGGGCGCAGUGGACAGGCGGUGGGAGGAGAAGGCCUUGGCCGUGAAGCGGCGAGGACUUUCUAGAGGUCGGGGGGCGGGGGGAGUGCAGACAGGCAGGUGCUCAGGUUGGCGCCGAAGAGAGCAGAGGAGGGAGACUGUGGGCAGGCGGAGGACGGGACUUGGACGAAGUAGUCAGAAGAGCUUCCGACCACAGCCGUCCUCUCCCGGCCUGGCUGGGCAGGCGGAAGGGGGCUGUGAGCCGAGUGUGCAGUUCCUGGAGGCUGCAGGCUGAGGGCUCCACUCAAGCCCCUGCCCGUGGGUGAGGCAUGGGCCUGCCCUCAACUUGUAGUCAGGAGCUAGACGCGAACCAGGGCCGAGGAAGGCCAAACCAGCCUUGGGGCUGCAGUGACAGACAGGCAGGGAAGCUGGGGAGGAGGUGGUGCCUCAGCAAGGCCUUAAAGGGUGAGGGGUCUCCAGGCAGAGUGGAGGAACAGUCCGGGUAGUGGAGGGUUCCACAAAGGCUCCGGGCGGGGAGAGGAAGGCGAGGGGCCAGGAGGGUGUUCAGGCAGGGGCUGGGCCUGUGGCAGGUGGGGAAGUAGAUGGCGGUGCAGGGCUGGGUUCAGUCCUCAGACCUGUCUGGUUCUGCUCAGCCUGCGUGUCGGCCAGCUGCAUGGGGAAAAGAAAAGGGCACCUCUGGCAUGAGAAGCAAACAAGCACCAGCUUCCCUUCCCCACCCCCUUGGGGUUCAAGCAGGGUGUUCAAGGGCCCGCGGGGUUGCCCUCGGCCUCUGGGCCCUGUCGUGUGAUCCAGUGUCUCAGGAGUACCCAGUAGCAGUCCAGGGCCUGGUUUCUGGAAAAGCCAGGAGCUGAGAGAGGUCCUGCCAAGGCUUUCUCUCUGGGAAGCUGCUGAGAGCGUCACAGUUUGGGGGUUCAGGCAUGAAGGUGCUCGCCGGAGCUGGGGGUGAACAAAUGCAGAACUGAGGUGCCUCGAAGCCGCUGCAGAGCCCCAUGCUCAAUCCGUCCGGACCAAGGGGGCCAGGGACUGCCCAUGGCGGCCUUGCAGCCCUAGCACAGCUGGGCCGGGAUGCACAGCCCCCACCCCAGGCCAGCGUGCUGGACACACUUCAGGUCAGCCGGGCGCUAGGCCCACAGGCAUGGGGGCCGAACCUUGGGCUCCGAGCGCAAAGCACAUCCAAAGGGCCAGAGGUGACGGUUCAAAUCCCAAGUGCCCGUCAGCCCUUCCCAGGUGGCUGUGAAACAGGACUGCAGGACCCAGCCACACCUGCUGCUCGCAGAAACUGAUUUCCCCACCCAGAGGAAGGCUUUGCCUCGGGGCUUGAGGUUGCCGGGCGCGGUCUGCAUGCAUCCUCACCACCCUCUGAGGGGAGCAGCGCCUGCCCCUAUGAGGCUCAGAGAGACCAGAGUUUGCCAAAGUCACAGCUGGUAGGGGGAGAACCGGGACUCAGACACAGCCCCUUUGCUUGCCCGGGCAUCAGCACUGAGCAGGUCCUCUCCUCCUGGAACGUGAGGAGCUCAGGUCUGGUGCAUGGUGGAGAUGUGGGGCCUUGUCAUUGUCCUGUCCCCUUCGCCUUUUAACUGGCUUUGAAGCCAUCUGUGCUCCUCAGGUUUUCCGGAAGCCCGCAGCCUGCCGCUGGGCUCCGCUGCCUGUCCUGGCUUCUGUGCCCGGGAUCAAGGAGGCUGAGGCUGGGGCUGCGGCUGGAAUGGGAAACCCUGGGGGCCAAGGUGGGAGGUGGCCUGUUUUUAAGGGGCCCUGUGACCGGGUGAGCCGCAGGGAUCUCAGCGUUGCCUUAUUGAGUGCUUCCUUCCCACAGGGGCCGCAGCGGCCUAUGGAGAUGUGAAAGUGCCAAGAGGCAAAACCGCAAGGGCAGGUGGACCCCACCUAGUGCGACUCCUUAUGAGACACGUGGGGAAACAGGCCUUGAGAGGAAAAGGUCCGGCUGGGACAAGCAACCAGGAUUCCUGGCAGCCAGCCCAGCACCCUACUGCCCCAGGCUGUCCUGGAAGAGGGUCCCCGCUGACCACAGGGACCAGCAGGCAGGGUUGUGGCCAGCUAGCUCCAGGCCAAGGUGGGGCACCCCGCCCUGGCCGCAGGGACAGCCGUCCAGGGUCCUGGCUCUGUUCUAGGCCCGGUACACAUUGCAUCUCAAAGAAAAAGCACUUCGAAAAGCUGCAGAAUCGACUCUGCCUUUGACCCCAAAACAGGCAUCUUUCCUCUGGUCCCUCAGCCCUACGGAGACAGGAAAUGUGAUGCCAAAAAAAAAGAAAGAAAUCAUUCCAAAGUCAGGUGUCAGUAACCAGGGGUCGCCUGUGCGCUGCAUUCCCCACCGGGCGCCCAGAUCCCCGCCACGCCCCCCGCCACCUCUAGCCAAUCCCGACGGGCCCGUCUUCCAACCCUGAGGCGGUAACUUCCUGACCUCUAGUGGCGAGAGCGAGGAAUUGCACCUCCCCGGCCCGUCCGCCCACCGAGCCCGGGCUGUGCAUGUCCUGCCCUUUUGUUCCUUCUCAAACCGAGUGAACCUCCCGAUGCAUGAACUCUGGCUGUCGUCGACGCAGACUCGUGCACUGCUUAGCACCGUUUUGCUACCAUGUGACGGCUGCAGAAACCGUCCUCAAACUGCAGCCCCACGAUAAUUUUUGUACUUUGACCUGCCCACGGGUGUCCUUUCUAAAUCUUACUUGUUAAUAUUUAUAAUGACAUAUAACCCAAAGUCAAUGGAAACGUCAUACUGCGCUCA